CCAAGGUGGUUUACUGCUAACUUCUAGCCCCCUUAAUUUAUAACUAAUUUAUCCAAAAUAAUAAAGAAAAAAAAGAAAAGAAAGAGAGGAUUGUUGUAGAAAGAUUUAGGCUAUCAAAACCAAUGUCUUUUUCCGGGUAAAAGAAUAGCUACAGAGGAGGGGGGAGUUGAGCAAAGCCAAACAGAAUAAUAAAGCGAGAAACUGAGACUCAUACUCAUGGUUGUAUGAAUUAAGGAAUGCUUGUAACAGAAAAUGCAAUACAAACAGAAAAAAUUAAAUUGAUGGUUGGAUACAGGGACACCCUUCACCUUCAACACUCUAAUAUGUAUUAACAGUGUACGUAUGUAAAAGGUUGGGUUUAGAAACUUUUUCCCCCCUUUCUCUCUCUUUCUCAUUUAUAUUAUCACCUUUCUUUCUUCCUUCCUUUUUUCCUCUCUCAACGAUGUUACAAGUUGGUACAGGGCUAUCAUUAUUGAGGAAUCUGAAGAGUUUUGGUUGUGAAAAAGUGACAGUUAUUAUAGCAUUAGAAAAACAACGGAUAGAAGAAGAAGAAACAAAAAAAGAGGAUGCAUAAGUGCUGCACGAGUUUUGAGGAAGCUUUGGCAUUUGAUUGAUUUGAUCAUCUAAACCUAUUUUUUAUUUCCUUUCGCCAUUUUGUUAUAUUUGGCCUCUGUGGUGGUUGAUUUUGUAUUGGUCUUCCAUUUAUCCUUUUUCGUCAAUCUUUAUCUCCCUGGUUUACUUGGCCUAUGUCUCAACAAAGAGAAUUUCAAAUGGUGGGUGGGAACAAUCCAGCGCAGUUCAAUGACACAACUUUUACGAAAAUCUUUAUUGGUGGAUUGGCGUGGGAAACUCAAAGAGAUACCAUAAGGCGUUAUGUUGAGCAAUUUGGAGAGAUUCUUGAGGCUGUUGUGAUCACAGAUAAGACUAAUGGGAGAUCCAAGGGUUAUGGAUUUGUUACGUUUAAGGAUCCAGAGGCAGCUAUGAGAGCAUCAAACCCUGCACCUAUCAUUGAUGGAAAGCGGGCAAACUGCAAUCUUGCUUCCUUGGGUGCUCAAAAGACUCCUCCAAUGAUUUCUCAACAAGGGGCGAGACGGUUUAGACCAGCACCUGGUCCUGGAUUGACGGCACCGCCUAGCUAUCAUGGUUCCUCAUCAGCUUAUAUCCAACAACCUACCUGUCAAUAUUCAAUUCCUUACUCAGCUUAUGGGUACAACGGAUUUUCACAAGAAGGCAUUUAUCCUUUGAACUAUUAUAGUCUCUAUGGAGGUCAACAGAUUUCACCUUACUACACUUCUGGGGCAUCAAUAACACCAGGGAUGUUUCAUAAUUUUUUCCCACUUUAUGCACAAAAUAAUCAAGCUCAUGGUUUUGGAGUUCAAUAUCCGCAAAUCGUACAAUACCCGUAUUUGCCUCAACAAUAUAGCUCAAUGAUAAUAAACCUGUCACUUCCAUCUUCAAUGCCAAUGGCAGCAACUACCACAGAAACUGUAGCGACGGCGGCAACGACAUCAACACCGCCAUCAACAACAACAACGCCACCUACAGCAAUAGGGGUAGUGGGAAUGUGAUCAAGCCAUUCACAAGCUAUUGAAAACAAACAAACGUCCACAGCAACAAUGAAUAUACCACCACCACCUACAGCAUCAAAGACAACAACAACCAGGGUAAUGGGAAAAAGGCUAGGUCCCUCACAAGCUUCCCAAACACCUACUGAAAAGAAACCAUCAUGUUAAUCAUAACUGAAGAUAUUCAAGACCUUUGAGGUAUGUGGUGUCUUUUAUAAGAUAAUUAAUCAAGAUCUUUUGAAAGGGACUUAAGCAAAAAGGAAACAUUUAGCAUAACAAGAGGCAUAACUGAAGAAAUUCCAGAAAGGGAUUUGUUUAGUCAAGGAACAUGCAUCUAAACCUCACUAUUCAUCACUUUUAGACAUCAAAAUUCAUCAUAAAUGUUUCGUCUGGGAGAAUAGGGAGUCUUCUGAUUACUUUGUUUGCCUUUAACAGAAGAAAUCAUAUUCAUCCUUGAAUUUUUGCAUAUGAUGGAAACUAAAUGUUGGCCUUGGAUUAACCUUAAGACACUAAUUAAUAGAAUGAUUUUGUCUCGGUUGCAAAGAGCAUCCAAUGGCUGUAUCUUUGAACCCCAAUUUAAUUUAUGGGUCAAAGAAUGUAACAUGUAACUUUUCUUUUCUUUUUGCAUUAUUUAUAUACUUUUCAGAGAUAGGAUAAUACUAUGGUAUUUAACAAAUAAUCAGUUAUUUUGUAUUUCAUCACUUUUUUUGUGAAUUA